AUUUGACAGGUGCAAUACUGUCCUUAUGACAAUAAUGUUUUGUAUGUUCUUAUUCUGUAAAUAAUAGUUCACAAAAAAGGUCAGAACCCAGUAUAAAUGCACUGGUACCUGGAGAAAUGCUACAGUAUAGAGAAGUGUGUAACAUAUUGUUAUUAGGACAAAUUUAUGAAUCAUUGUUUUAUUAGAGGCAGCAUAAAAGCAGACAGUGGAAAAAUCGUAUUAGAAGUAUCCAUUCAUUGGUGAACAAGUUAGAAAAUAGCCUUUCACAGUCACAAAUUUUGGAGAGAUAUAUGGUUAUAGCUGUCAAUUUAAGUACCCUUAAAGAUCACAGUAACAAAAUGCAUUUGGAAACAUUGGAGGAUGAAAAUAGAAAACUAAUAAGUUUGUUAGUAGGUACUGAUGAUGUUAUGGCACAAAGAAUAGACCCUGCUACCACUUGUAGUACCAUGAGCCUUGUACACUUGCAGUACAAAUAUGAAGAGUUAGUCAAGAAUCAUAAUAGUCUCUUAAAAAUGCUAGAUGCAAGACUGAACGAAAUGCGAAAAUAUCAAAAAGAAAAUAUAUCACUGAAUGAAGAAGUGCAAGUUCUGAUGACAAAGCUGCAUAACUGCAGAUCAUUCAUUUCUGAACUAAGAGAGCGGAUCAGAGAUAUUAAAAUCCGUAAGAACAAUAAGAUAUCAAAGUUAAGAAACGAACGAGAUACGCUGAGAAUCGUACAUAACCGACUGGUCAACUUGCUGAACAAGCAGUACCGAGCAGAUGACAAUCACUUAAGGGAGCAACUCAAGUAUAUCAACGAGCCAAAAACAGCUCAGUUAAUGCAGGAGGUCAGAAAGAAUAAUCUGCUAUCCUAUGAAAACUUCCGAUUGCAACAAGAAGUUGAUUACCUGAGGUCCAUUUUGAGGUUCAAGCGAGUGAACUCUGCUCCUUGCAUGGGGCCAAAAACGUGUCAAUAAAAAUUUAACCGAGCGGUGUAAUAGUCUUUUUUAGAAAACAGCAUUUUUGAAUCAAGAUUUCUGAUAGUUGAAGAGACUGCAAGUAACUGACUGAUGUCUUUUAAAAUAAAUAAAAUAUCUAUCAACAGAUGUACUAACAAACUAACAUGCGAAAAAAAUAUAGGAUUGAUUUCCUUGGGAUGGCUCACCACGACAGUCAAUGUUUAAUAAUCAGUAAUAGCAUAAAAAUAUUUCUUCGCCAAUGGUUUAUUCAACCGUUUUUACAGGAAGUUGCGUCAUUAUUUUUUAGUGUUCUAUAUGCA